AUGACUAGUAGUAGGCCAGUUAACGUCAACAAUGAUAUGCACGCUGAAUUUGAAAUGGGAACUCCCACUGAUGCUCCAGACGAAGAUUUUGGAAUGGGAACUCCCACUGAUGCUCCAGACACUAUAGAUAUGAUGCAGGCUGCAGAAGAGUUCGCAGAUGACCCUAUAAAGUUUAAAAAGUUACUUGAAGAUGCUGAAAAGCCCUUAUACGAAGGAUGUCCCAACUUCACAAAGUUGUCUGCAAUUGUGCAGUUGUUUAAGUUGAAGAGUAAGCACGGUGCAUCGGACAUGUUUUUUAAUGAAUUGUUACCCUUGUUAAAGGACAUGCUUCCCAAAGAAGGUAAUUUAAUGGCGAGGAGUACAUAUCAGGCAAAGAAAAUAUUGAAAGCAAUGGGUUCAGGGUACACAAAGAUACAUGCAUGUAUCAACAACUGCAUUCUUUAUUGGAAUGAGUACAAGGAUGAAAAAGUGUGUCCUACUUGUAAAGCAUCCAGAUGGAAAGUUGACAGGGAAUGUAAAGUUUACAAGAAUGUUCCAGAAAAGGUAUUGUGGUACUUCGACAUCAUCCCAAUAUUUCAGCGGCUGUUUCAAUCGAAGACCACAACAGAAGAUUUGAUAUGGCACGAUACCACUAGAAACAAAGACGGUGCUUUACGUCAUCCGGCAGACUCACAUGCUUGGAGAGAGAUAGAUAAGAAUUUCCCAGAAAUUAAAGGUGAUCCAAGAAAUCUGCGGUUAGCUGUUUCGGCUGAUGGAGUUGAUGUAAACAGAGGCACCAAACAUCACAGUGUAUGGCCAGUUUUGGUUGUGAUUUACAACCUUCCACCGGGGCUAUGUAUGAAGAGAAAGUUCAUCAUGUUGUCGUUACUUAUAGAUGGUGCGCCAGGAAACAACAUCGAUGUCUUUUUAGAACCUCUUGUUAAAGAUUUUCAAUUCUUAUUUGAGAAGGGAAAGAGAACAUGGGAUGCAUAUGCCCAAGAAAUGUUUACUCUACGUGCAGUUGUUUUGUGGACGAUAAACGAUUAUCCUGCUCUUGGUACACUAUGUGGUUGUCGCUACGCUGGAUAUCAUAGUUGUGUGGUGUGUCGGAAAAAAACGCACAAUAUUAGGCUUCAUGACUCAAACAAGAAUGUUUAUGUUGGUUAUAGAAGAUUUUUACCCUAUGAGCAUCCGUUCAGAAGGAAGAAGGGGGCAUUUGGCGGAAAACAAGAGUGA